AUGAAAAAAAUAGCUGCAAAUGUAAUAAGUAAUGAUACCAAGUUGGAUAUUAUGCUUGAGUUUGAGGAAAACCCACAUACUUCUAGUGGAAAAGCAGCCCCAAUGUUCGGUGUUAGCCAUUCAUCGAUUCUUCGAACUUUAAAAGAAAAUAAAAUGCAUCCCUAUAAAAUGAUACCAACUCAGGAGCUCACGGAAGACGAUUUUGAUAGGAGAACGUAUUUUUGUGAAGAAAUGAUGGCAAUGUUAGAUAACAAUGUGAUCCAAUUACAACAAGUUUUGUUUUCUGAUGAGUCCACCUUUACACUUCACGGUCAAGUUAAUCGUCAAAAUUGCCGCUGUUCGUUGCGUUGAGUAUGUUGAGUAUGUUGCGCGAUUAAAAGAUGGAAAAUCCUCACUGGAUGAGAAAAGAACAUAAGCAAUAUCCUGAGAAGGUUAUAGGUUAUAGGUCCCUUUUUUAUUGAUUGCAAUUUAAAUGGCAAUAAUUAUUUAGCACUGCUCCAAAAUAAUAUCGUGCCUACUGUAACAAACUUAUUUCCUGAUCCAGCAAACCCACAAGUUCCAGCGAAUAUGAUAUGGUUUCAGCAAGAUGGAGCACCGCCCCAUUAUGAA